AUGGCCAAAUCUCUUCCUCUUCUUCAUCUACUUCUGUCUUCUUCUCCUCUCAAUUCUUCUCUUCACUUAAGCUUCAUUUUCAUCUCCUCCUCGCCCUCCGUCACGCUCCCAUUUGCUCUCCCAUCAUCGGAGGUCCUGCAAGGGAGAGGCAAAGGCCAAUGAAACUCUCUCUGUCUCUCUCUCUGUCUCUCUCUCUCUCUCUCUCUCUCCAUGAACACUUCAGUAACUGCCCAUUUCUUAUGAUCAAAUUCUUCUUGAUGUGUGGUUCUACGAAAUUGCAGACCAUCAUGGGUAGUCUACGAUUAAUCUCAGUGGAUUAUCUGGUGCUGAGAGGACUUCUGGCCUCUAUCGUAUCAACUGAACAGUUCUAAACGAAAAUGGCUCUUCCCUUGCAGAGUUUCUGGAUUAGAUCCUCUUCACCUGUGUUCUAUUGUAGUAAUUCAACAGUUCUACCCGCAAAUGGCUCUUCCCAUGCUUGAGUCAAGAAUGAUGGAAGAUCGGGAUGGUCAUGUUGUUAAUUGUGAAGGAUCCCAUCUCUCCUCCCCUAUGAAUGGGGAAGAAGAAUUUUGGGUCUCAUUGAUUGAUAUAUAUGGUUUCAUAGCUUAUGAAAUGACAGAGAUUCAUCUGGCUUCGCCCCUUUCUAGGUAUUUUUCUCAGUUCGUAAAUGUUCCAGGGCACAAAUUUCUCAUUGUUCAUAUGAAUGUUCCUGAAUCAUUUCCAUUUUUUUUGAUUUUUUUUUUUUUAAAUACCCAUCAGCGCCCAGAGAUCAUCAUCAGCACUGCAUAUGAUACGUAAUUAGAGUGAACCGGUUGGCCUCUGUUUUUCCUUGUGCGAGAAAAGCUUGUUGACGCCAUUGUAGGCUGGCUGCUCUUGAUUGAUUCUCUCUCUCGACUGCAGAUUGCCAAGCGCCUGGAGAACUUCAAGACGACGAUCUUCACCCAGAUGAGCUCCCUCGCGCUGAAGCACGGGGCCAUCAACCUCGGGCAGGGCUUCCCCAACUUCGACGGCCCGGACUUCGUCAAGGAGGCGGCCAUCCAGGCCAUCAGAGAAGGGAAGAACCAGUACGCGAGGGGCUACGGCGUCCCCUCCCUCAACGCCGCCAUCGCCGCCAGGUUCCAGAAGGACACCGGCCUCACCGUUGACCCCGAGACGGAGGUCACCGUUACCUCCGGCUGCACCGAGGCCAUCGCCGCCACCAUGCUCGGUCUGGUCAACCUCGGGGACGAGAUCAUCGUCUUCGCCCCCUUCUACGACUCCUACCAGGCCACUCUAUCCAUGGCGGGGGCCCGCGUGAGGUCCAUCACCCUCCGGCCGCCGGACUUCGCCGUGCCGAUCGCCGAGCUCAGGGCCGCCUUCUCGGAGAAGACCCGGGCCAUCCUCCUCAACACGCCCCACAAUCCCACCGGGAAGAUGCUCACCAUGGCGGAGCUGCAGGAGAUCGCCGCCCUCUGCGUGGAGUACGACUCCCUGGCCUUCUGCGACGAGGUCUACGACAAGCUGGCCUUCGAAGCGGAGCACAUCUCGCUGGCGUCCCUCCCGGGCAUGUUCGAGAGGACCGUGACGAUGAACUCCCUCGGCAAGACCUUCUCCCUCACUGGCUGGAAGAUCGGCUGGGCCAUUGCUCCGGCGACUCUCACCUGGGGGGUCCGGCAGGCCCACGCCUUCCUCACCUUCGCCACCUCCACGCCCAUGCAGCACGCGGCGGCGGCGGCGCUCAGUACCCCCGACGGCUACUACGAGGAGCUGCGGCGGGAUUACGCCGUUAAGAAGGAGAUCCUAGUGGAAGGGCUGCGGGCGGCGGGGUUCGUGGUGUACCCUUCGAGCGGGACCUACUUCGUGGUGGCGGAUCACACCCCCUUCGGGUUCGAUAGCGACGUGGCCUUCUGCGAGUACCUGAUUCAGGAGGUGGGCGUCGUCGCCAUCCCCACCAGCGUCUUCUACCUCGACCCGGAGGAGGGCAAGAGCAUGGUGAGGUUCACUUUCUGCAAAGACGAGGGCACCCUGAGGGAGGCCGUGAAGAGGAUGGAGAAGCUGAGGAGAUGA